GCUCGCCAUUUCCACUUCACAGUCGAUGGAAGCCAGAGGUCAUCUGCUAAAGUGUCAGACUCAAUCUCAACCCAUUAUCCAGUCGUGGACCAUGAAUUUGAUGCGGUUGUCGUUGGCGCAGGAGGCGCGGGGCUGCGGGCUGCAUUCGGUCUUUCAGAAGCGGGCUUCAACACAGCGUGCAUCAGCAAGCUCUUUCCCACCAGGUCCCACACCGUCGCAGCCCAGCUGGAAAAUUACGGCAUGCCCUUCAGCAGAACUGAGGAUGGAAGGAUUUACCAGCGUGCGUUUGGCGGGCAGAGCCUCAAGUUCGGGAAGGGGGGGCAGGCCCACCGCUGCUGCUGUGUGGCCGACCGGACCGGCCACUCGCUGCUGCACACCCUGUAUGGCCGGUCCCUGAGAUACGACACCAGCUAUUUUGUCGAGUACUUUGCCUUGGACCUUCUGAUGGAGAACGGGGAGUGUCGUGGUGUCAUUGCUCUGUGCAUCGAGGACGGGUCCAUCCACCGCAUCCGCGCCAAAAACACGGUGGUCGCCACUGGGGGCUAUGGACGCACCUACUUCAGCUGCACUUCCGCCCACACCAGCACCGGCGACGGGACCGCCAUGGUCACCAGAGCGGGCCUGCCCUGCCAGGACCUGGAGUUUGUCCAGUUCCACCCCACAGGCAUCUACGGCGCCGGCUGUCUCAUCACGGAGGGCUGCCGUGGAGAGGGUGGGAUCCUCAUCAACAGUCAGGGCGAGCGCUUCAUGGAGAGGUACGCCCCCGUCGCGAAGGACCUGGCUUCCAGAGAUGUCGUGUCACGCUCCAUGACGCUGGAGAUCCGGGAGGGAAGAGGCUGUGGCCCUGAGAAGGACCACGUCUACCUGCAGCUGCACCACCUGCCCCCCGAGCAGCUGGCCAUGCGUCUGCCGGGCAUCUCGGAGACAGCCAUGAUCUUCGCGGGUGUGGACGUCACCAAGGAGCCCAUCCCCGUGCUCCCCACAGUGCACUACAACAUGGGCGGCAUCCCCACCAACUACCGGGGCCAGGUUCUGAAGCACGUGAACGGCCAGGACCAGGUCGUGCCCGGCCUGUACGCCUGUGGGGAGGCUGCCUGCGCCUCCGUGCACGGCGCCAACCGCCUCGGAGCAAACUCACUCCUGGACCUGGUCGUCUUCGGCCGGGCCUGCGCCUUGAGUAUCGCGGAGACCUGCAAGCCCGGAGAUAAAGUUCCCGCGAUUACAGCAAAUGCUGGGGAAGAGUCUGUCGCAAAUCUGGACAAGCUGAGAUUUGCAAACGGAAGCAUCAGGACGUCGGAGCUGCGACUCAACAUGCAGAAGUCGAUGCAGAGUCACGCGGCGGUGUUCCGGGUGGGCAGCGUGCUCCAGGAGGGCUGCGAGAAGAUCAGCCAGCUCUACAGGGACCUGCAGCACCUCAAGACCUUCGACAGGGGAAUGGUCUGGAACACCGACCUGGUGGAGACACUGGAGCUGCAGAACCUGCUGCUGUGCGCGCUGCAGACCAUUUACGGCGCCGAGGCCCGCAAGGAGUCACGUGGCGCCCACGCCAGGGAGGACUACAAGGUGCGGAUUGACGAGUAUGAUUACUCUAAGCCCAUUCAGGGGCAGCAGCGGAAACCAUUCACGGAGCACUGGAGAAAGCACACCCUCUCUUACGUCGAUGUUAAGACCGGGAAGGUCACUCUGGAAUACAGACCUGUGAUUGACAAAACCUUAAACGAAAGUGACUGUGCCACAGUCCCCCCUGCCAUCCGCUCCUACUGA